AUGAGCAAUAACAGCAAUAGUAACAGACGACCUAAAAGUAUUUCUUUUAAACCGCCUCGACCAUCAACGGCCAUCACUUCGACUAACGUGAUUAGUUUUAACAAUGGUCAUAACACCCAUAAUAGUACCAUUGCGACAAGUAGUAAUGCAACAGUUAGACCAACUAAUACAGCGUCAUCUUCAUCAUCAUCUAUUUCAUCAUCAUUAACACCAUCAUCAUCAUCAUCUCCUAAUAACAUCAAGAAAGAUUAUCGAAGAAGUAAGAAAAUCAAUGAAUUUAAACUCAAGAAAGAAUUACCAACCACCACCACCACUAAUGUAACAACACCGAUUACUAAUACCACCACAUCGUCGUCAACAUCAUCACCAUCUAGUAUCAUAAAUGAUGAGUUUUCAAAUAAUCAAAUUGAAGAAUUGAAUUUUUUAUAUCUGAUUUAUGUUCCAAAUAAAUAUUUAAUCAAGAAUAAUAAGAAAUCGAUUAAAAAUUUAAUAAUUCAUUUACCUAAAUUAAUCCCAUCUCAAAAUCAAUUAAAUUUAAUAAUUCAUGUAUUUUUAUCUUCAAUAAUGGUUAAAUUUAUAAAUUCAUGGUAUUUAACUAAAUUAAAUACAUCAAAUUUAGAAUUUUUAAAAGGAUUAUAUGAUGGUUUAAUAAUUGAGUUUAUUAAAGAUUUAAUAUCAAGAAUUUCAAAAAUUAAUAUAUUAGAUUUAUCAAAUCAAUUGAUUAAUAUUCUUAAUGAUCAUUUAUCAAAUUUAAUUGAAUCAUCAGAUUAUUCAAGACCAUUUCCUUAUAAAUUUCAAAAUGAAUAUUUUGAAUUAUGUGAUAAUGAAAAUAAUUUAAAAUAUGAUAUUAAUAAAGAAAAGAAUAUAAAUGAUUUAAAUAUUGAUUAUUUAUCAAAUUCUCAUAUAUUAUUUCAAAAUGAUCCUGUUAAUUAUUAUAGAAUUUUAAUUAAACAAAUUUUAUUAGUCACAUUUCAAGAAGAAGAAGAAGAAGAAGAAGAUAAUGAUAAUAUUGAAUUGAAUCCAUUUAGUUCGAAAAUUUCAAGUGAUUUAAUUAUUUUAAUUGUUGGUGAUUUGGUAAUUGGAAAUAUAGUUGAUAAAUUAUCAUCACUGGACUUUAUAUUUAAUAAAAUGAAUGACAUAUUGGAUUUGUUAUUAAUUGAAAAUGAACCAGUUCCAAUUGUACCUGUUGAUAAGAAUAAACCAAUAUCUCAAAGAGUUAGAGAUUGGAUUUAUGGAACUUAUACAAAUUUAACUAAAUUAAUUGUAUUAUAUCAUGGUAAAAUUAAAAAUACUCCAUUAAAUGAAUCAACUAUAAAUGAUGAAUUUAAUGUUUUUGAAAGUUCAGUGUUUUCAUUAAUUGAAACGAUAUUUAAUUUUCUGAAAAGAAAACCAAUCCUAUUUAAUAUGAUUAAAUCAUUGAAAACGCUUGUUCUAUUGAAUACUAAAUUAACUUCAUCUAUAAAUAAGAUAAUUACAAGAUAUCUUGAAAAUAAAAUUAAUGAAAAUAUAACAGAAGAAAGGUUAUCUAAAAUUAUAAAUGAUUUAAGACUUGGAUUGUUUUAUAAUGAUAAUAGUAACCAACCACAAGAAGAUAAACCAAAUGUUACCAUGGAUGAAUUAAUUGAAAAAUUUAUUAAAUUAAACAAGAAAUUAUCAUCAAUUAUAGAUAUUUCAUAUAAAGAUGAAACUGAACAAGAUUUAAGAAAUUCAAUCAAGCUGGUUUUGAUUAUAUUUCAAGAUGACGGGGAAUACUUAAAUAAAGGAAUGAAUAAAUUGUUGAUUAUUCGAUUAUUAGACUGUAUAGUAGGUAAUUUAUAUGAUAUAUAA